AUGACAUUGCAAAAACAAAGACAGAAUUCACAAAUCUCUUUGGUGGACUUACAGAGAUUCGUAAUAAAUAUAUCGGUAGUUAUGCUAUUGAAGAAUCACCAUUUUGUGAAAGACCUUACUGAUCACCUUGACCCAGAUGAACAAAGAGGUAUGUAUCAAAAAAUUAUGGGAGCAGUCGACUCACAGAAUGGUGCAGUCUUCUUCCUACAUGGUUACGGUGGGACCGGAGGUCGAACUGCACAUUCAAAAUUUAAGAUACCAGUGCCAACACUAGAUAAUUCUACUUGCAAAAUUGAGUACAAUGAUGAUGUGGGAGACCUUCUUAGACAAACUAAACUAAUUAUUUGGGAUGAGGCUCCAAUGGCACACAAGCAUACUUUUGAAGCACUUGAUAGAACGCUCAGAGAUGUAAUGUCUAAAUACAGUAACUCAAAGGAGAUGUUUGGUGGAAAAGUUGUUGUUUUUGGAGGUGAUUUCAAACAGAUUUUACCUGUUGUCCCUCGAGGAAGCCGUUCAGAUAUUGUACAUUCUGCCAUAAAUGCGUCUUACAUAUGGAAUUCUGUUCAAGUGUUAACAUUAACCAAAAACAUGCGCCUACAAUCCGGUCCGACACAAAAUGAUAAAAAUGAAAUGCAACAGUUUUCAGAAUGGUUGUUAAGAAUUAGCGAAGGAAAGGUAUCUGAGCCCAAUGACGGUGUGGGAGAUUUUGAAAUUCCACCUGACCUGUUGAUAACACAAUUCGAAGACCCAAUCGUCGCCAUUAUUGAUGCUACAUAUCCUGACUUUACUCACAAUUAUCAUUCGAUCCAAUACCUUAAGGGUCGAGCAAUUCUGGCUUCAACAUUAGAAAUUGUGGAUGAAAUAAACAAUCAUAUCCUUGACUUAAUCCCAGGAGACAUGCGGGAUUACUACAGCUCCAAUUCUGUUGAUAAGUUCGAAAUCAAUGGCGACACGGUGGUAAAUAUCCUAACUCCAGAAUUUCUCAGUUCGCUCCGUACAUCUGGUUUGCCUACCCAUCAUGUAAAGUUAAAGGUUGGAACACCAAUUAUGCUCAUGAGGAAUAUUGAUCAGUCAGAAGGACUAUGUAAUGGAACAAAGUUGAUAGUAACAAAAUUGGGGACAUAUGUUAUUGAAGCUUCAAUAAUAGCUGGAAAGAACUGUGGCAAUCAGGUUUACUUCCCACGAAUGGAUAUGUCACCUUCACAAUCACCAUGGCCGUUCAAGCUCAACAGAAGACAGUUCCCCAUUAUAGUGUCAUAUUCCAUGACAAUUAACAAAUCCCAAGGACAGUCUUUGGAUACUGUUGGUCUAUACCUACCAAGGGAUGUUUUUACACAUGGACAAAUAUAUGUUGCACUAUCAAGAGUGAUAACAAAAAAAGGAAUCAGAAUAUUAAUACAUGACCAACAUGCAAAAGUUAAAACAAAAACUACAAAUGUAGUUUACAAGGAGAUCUUCAACAAUAUAUAA